GGAAGGAAACCACCCGGACGACUACAGCCGGCUCACGUACCGCAAGCUGCUCGAGGAGGUAUGCCGCUUCGCCAACGUGCUCAAGUCCCACGGUGUCCAGAAGGGCGACCGCGUGUCGAUCUACAUGCCCAUGACGAUGGAACUGCCGGUGGCGAUGUUGGCCUGCGCUCGGAUCGGUGCCGUGCACUCGAUUGUGUUUGCAGGCUUCUCGUCGGAUUCGUUGGCCGAACGGAUGCACGAUUGCCAGGCCAAGGUGCUGAUUACCGCUGAUGGAGCGUGGCGAGGUGAGAAGGUUCUCCACCUGAAGGACAUCUGUGAUCAGGCGUUGGCCAAGGCCGACGAAAUGGGACACCACGUGGAGACUUGCAUCGUGGUGGCGCACAUCAAUCGGGUGACACCCGGUAAACCGGACUGGGAUGGAGUUUUUGAUACUCCAUGGACAGACGAUCGCGACUAUUGGUGGCAUCAGGAAAUGGAAGAGGCCGAACCGGCUUGCUAUCCGGAGUGGAUGGCAGCGGAGGAUCCACUUUUCAUGCUGUACACUAGUGGAUCAACGGGAAAGCCGAAGGGAGUGUUGCAUACCACAGCCGGGUAUCUGAUGUACGCUGCGACGACCUUCAAGAUCGUGUUCGACUACAAGCCCCAUGACGUCUACUGGUGCACGGCCGAUAUUGGUUGGAUCACUGGGCAUACGUAUGUGUUGUACGGACCACUGGCAAACGGUGCCACGUCGGUGAUGUUCGAAGGUACUCCGUUCUUCCCGGAUAACGACCGCUACUGGGAAGUGGUGGACAAGUACAAGGUGACACAGUUCUACACGGCACCAACGGCGCUGCGAUCGCUGAUGAAGUUCGGUGAUGAGCCUGUGAUGAAACAUGACCUUUCUUCGCUGAGAGUUCUUGGAAGUGUCGGAGAGCCGAUCAAUCCGGAAGCGUGGAUGUGGUACUACAAAGUUGUUGGCAAGGAGAAGUGUGCCAUUGUGGACACCUUCUGGCAAACGGAAACGGGAGGACACGUGAUAACUCCGCUACCCGGUGCUACUCCCAUGAAACCAGGAUCAGCUUCCUUCCCAUUCUUCGGAGUGAAGCCGACCCUGCUGGAUGAAAGUGGCAACGAAAUCAAGGGCGAAGGCGAAGGUUAUCUGGUAUUCUCGCAACCCUGGCCAGGAAUGAUGCGAACUCUGUUCAACAACCAUCCCCGGUAUGAGUCCACGUAUUUCUCCAAGUUCAACGGAUUCUACUGCACUGGAGAUGGUGCUCGACGGGAUGCCGAUGGUUACUACUGGAUCACUGGCCGCGUGGACGACAUGCUCAACGUUUCCGGUCACUUGAUGUCCACCGCCGAAGUUGAGUCAGUCCUUACCGAGCAUCCACGCGUAUCGGAAGCGGCCGUUGUGUCACGACCUCACCCCGUCAAGGGUGAAUGUUUGUACUGUUUCAUUACCCCCAACCAGAACGAAGCCUUCGACAAGACGCUCACCAACGAAUUGAAGAUCUUGGUAAGGGAACGAAUCGGCCCGUUUGCUCAGCCGGAUGUGAUCCAGCAUGCUCCAGGACUCCCAAAGACGCGAUCCGGCAAGAUCAUGCGACGUGUACUGCGGAAAGUGGCGAUCAACGAUCGGGAAGUGGGUGACACUUCAACCCUGGCCGACGAAGCGAUCAUCGAUCAGCUGUUCGCCAACCGACCGGUAGCUUAAGCGAGGAUCCCUUGAACUAAUGAUCUCAAACUUGCCGAGUUUAGCUUAGAGAGAGCGAAGGGGAAUCGGUAUCAUACGGCUAUGGUACCAAAACAAAAAUCUGACACAUCUUACUAACCAAUCUAUCCGGGCGGGCUUAGCAAUCGACUAUUGUAGGGAUGACUACAACCCUGAGAUCUUGCUCUAGAAUGGUGCUAACGACAGAAAAGUGCAUGUAAACCAGGAAAACGAUUAGGAGACACAACAUUUACUUAUUAUACACCACUGACAUGGUCUAACACUGUUGAUAUGAUUAUACACUCUUUAGACGAAGCAUAAAUGAUAUGGAAUUUUAAAACGCUAGGUGGGAUUCAGUGUUGAGCGAAAAUGUGUUAUAAGAGGACAUCACAUUCCGAUUACAGAUAGCAAAAGUGAAACAGUGAAUCUUUUACGAGAAACUCGUCAAUGUAGAUGUAAAUGUGCUUGGCAUACGCAUUCAUGUAUGUUUUAACUUUCUAGUUUUAAGUAUUAGACAAAGUUGUGAAAGUGUUUCGCUUGAAGCGAAACGUGUCCCAUUUGAAGAGACAAACAGAAAUCGAAUGGCAUUCUAGGAACGACUUUACAAAAAUUUAAAACCUUAAGCUUUUAAGUCAAUCGACUUGUGCACAGAUAUUUUGUUAUUCCUUACUAUACUUUUAUAAUUUUAGUAGUAUCAAAUAAACAGAUUCUGUUUUACAAAUACAACAACACAAAACACUAGUAAUUUACUCAUAUCAAUUUCCUCCAUUAGGUUUAGUGUCCUGCCCUACCCUCAUUGACUCACAUUGAAGCUUCGCUGCACCUUCAAUCACACACAUCGUUGUCCCUCCACCUGAACUCACACCGAAUCGGUUUCCUCCAAAUCACAAACACAAAUGGAUUAGAGUCACCAAACAAGCGCCCAUGUUGAACAGUUUUAAACUCGAUUUGUAACCACAAGACCAUUUUAGAGAGCCAGCGACCAAGCCCGUUCCUACAAAAAAAAGUUACUCAACACUCAACGGCAUUCGAAAUCAAAGAUACAUAUCAUAAACCUUAAGUAGGUAAGCGACCGCGCAGUUUUAGGGUGUGCUUACCGAUUGUUUGUUCCACAAAGCUGCUUGAUUUUUAAGAAACUGUGUUACUAAUCCAACCCCAAAACCGUACAUAUCAUUAUGCUUUAAGGAUAGAUCUAGAAGAGAAAUCUGAGACACGGGAAGGAACAAAAGAUUUAUUCGCAAUUGUUACAUUGUUCGGUGAUAUUUGAGAACUAUAGAUGUAUGGACAGAAACUAACAGAAAAACAGACACAAAUCCGAUUAGAAGUAAAAUAUUACGGAAUAUGACUAAACAAAAUUCGGUAGCUGAGAGUUACGAUAUAUUAUUCGUUGUACUACACAGCAUCUGAAUGAAAUGUGGUAAUAAAGGUAUAUUCAAUGUAGUAAAAGUAUUAAACAUCAGGAAGCA